AUGGCUACAAACAAAAUAACUCUUGUGGAAGAACUUGAUGCAUCAAAAGACUUUGUGAAUAUGAAGGUUAAGAUAAUCCGUCGCUGGAUCAAUCAAAUUAAAAGGCUUGAGAUGGUGUUGGUUGAUGAAAAGGGUGCAAAGAUUCAAUGUACUGUCAAAAAGGACUUGGUUCCUAUCUUUGAUGAACAGAUCAAAGAGGAUACUGCUGCUGUGCCGUUUACAUACAGUGGCUAUGGUUUCUCAUUCUUGCCUUUCGAUCAGAUUACUUUAACGAAAGCUAGAGAUAAAGACACCCUGAACAUUGAUGUCAUCGGUUGUGUAAGUUGGUGUGGAAAUCUGGAAGUGUUCAAGUCUGGAAGUCAAACAAGUAGGAGGUUCAACAUUGAGUUGAAAGAUUUGGAUGGUAGGACACAACGUUGUACUUUGUGGAAUGAUUAUGCAGUUAAGUUUAAUGACUUUCUUGAGAAGAACAAAUCUGAAGAGCAUGUGAUUGCCAUCAUGCAACAUGCUAUCAUUAAUGAAUGGAAGGAAAACUUGUCAGUUCAAACUGAUAAAUUUGGUACAAGAAUUUUCAUAAAUGAAGAUAUACAAGAAGCUAAUGACUUUAGGAGGAGGUUGAUACUUAAACAAGGAGUAAGUGAAGCUUCACAUACAACUUUAGCUUCACAAACUGUUUAUCCCAAUCGCUUAGAGUUUAUUCUAAACACCGAUAAGAAACAGCUGGAUGAAGUCAGAGAAUCUGAAGAGACUGGAGACCUUGUUGUGGUCGCCACAAUAGCUAUGCUUGAGCAGGAGUUUGGAUGGUUUUUUGUGGGUUGCCGCAAAGAUGGUAAGAAAGUGCUAAGCAAAAUGGAGUACAUGGAAAUUGCAGAUGAAGAUGAAAUCACUGAUCAACUCAUUAAUGCUCCAGUUGACAGUCUAUGGUGUCGAAAAGAAAAGGCAAUCGCCACAGAAGUUGUACCCAAGUUCAGAGUUACCAUGAGAGUCCAAGACAACACCGACAGUGCAUCGUUUGUUAUGUGGGAUAGAGAUGUCCAAAAGUUGCUUGGUUUAAGUGCAAAUGAUAUCCGUCAAAGGCAAUUGAAAAACAAUGAUGAUCAGGCUUACCCUCAUGAACUUGAAGGCCUCCUAAAUGUAAAAGUGGCAUUUAAGAUAAAAAUUGACAAAUACAAUAUCAAACACAAGGGCAGUGCAUAUACUGUUAACAAGAUGUGUGAUGAUCCUGAUAUCAUUGCUGAGUUGGAAGAAUCGGAAAACAACAAUGAGGUUGAGGAACAGCCAUCAAUGCCGGAGGUAGCAACUGUUAAACUUGAUGAGGAAUCACAAGGUGCUCCGGAUUCAAAGGAUGCAUUCUCGGUUACUGGUGAUUCUUUGGCCACCGAGAUUGAGAAAGAUAGUGAGACCAGUUCGUGCAGAAAAGAGGUAAUGAGACUCCCGGUGUGGAAUCAACAAACAAGGUUGGGAAAAAGAUUCGCAAAGUAUUAUGAUCUACUAGGAAUCAAGAUCGAAGAACCUUAUGCAUGCAGGUAA